UAGUUCUGUUUGCCUUUCCUAUUAGAGGAAAUUCUUACCACACCUCAAACCAAAAUUAAGGGAAAAAUCAAGAAGUAAAGCCACAUAAAUCCGACCAAAACAUAACCAUCUAAAUUUGAAUCCACAAAGUUUUGUAUAAUGAGAAGAAAUACAUAAUUUUAAUUGAACCCAAGUGUUUUUCAAGCAGAUUAUAUUUGCUUAAAUUGCUACAGUAAUUCAAGGGACAGCCUGUCUGGACACACAGUUACUGAGGAUUUUUAAGAGACACAGUUAAAGAAUUUAGGAAUUUCUGAUUCACUCACAGGAUUUGCAAAUUCAUCAACCCCUGAAAACCAAAGCAAACUCAACAGAACACAGAAAUCUUACAGAACCCCAAUUCCGGGGAUUUAAAUAAAGUACGGAGAGUCAGGCAGUAGUGCAGCAGGUUAAGCGCAUGUGGUGCGAAGCGUGAGGACCAGCAUAAGGAUCCUGGUUCUAGCCCCUGGCUCCCCACCUGCAGGGGAGUCAUUUAACAGGCAGUGAAGCAGCCUUUUCCUAAAGAACAUCCUCUUCCAUCUGAAUUGUUGUCCAGUUUUCAGACCAUGUCCCUAUACGCAUCUCACAAGACCCUCAACAGCUUUGUCAGAAGAAGAAGAACAACAACAACAUGGGCUUUUUAAGACCAGUAUGCGUCUGUUUCUUCUUUCUUGGAGUAAGCGUAUAUUGCCAAUAUGAAAGUUAUCAAUGGAGUGAAGAUUAUGACCAAGAGUCAGAUGAUGUCUACCAACCAGAAUUUCAGUUUCAUCAAAAUGUAGACUACGGAGUCCCUUAUCAUCAGCAUAUCUUAGGCUGUGCCAGUGAAUGUUUCUGCCCAGCUAACUUUCCAUUAUCAAUGUACUGUGAUAAUCGCCACCUCAAGGUGAUCCCAAAAAUUCCAGCCCACAUACAGCAAGUCUACCUGCAAUUCAAUGAAAUUGAAGCUGUAACUGCAGACUCAUUCGCUAAUGCAACUAAUCUUAAAGAAAUCAAUCUGAGUCACAACAAAAUUCAAUCUCACAAGAUUGAUCAUGGUGUGUUUGCAAAGUUAUCAAAUCUAUUACAACUUGAUCUACAGCAUAACCAUUUAGAAGAAUUUCCAUCUCCUCUUCCUAAAUCUCUGGAAAGACUUCUUCUUGGCUACAAUGAAAUCUCCAGGGUGCAGAAAAAUGCCAUGGAUGCAUUACCAAACCUGACCAUGCUUGACCUCUGCCAUAAUCAUCUGGAUGACUCUACACUAAAGGGAAACAUUCUUCCCAAAACAGAAAAACUAAUGCAACUCAAUCUGUGUCACAACAGAUUAGAAUCAAUGCCUCCUGGUUUGCCAUCUUCACUAAUGUAUCUGUCUUUAGAAAAUAAUUCAAUUUCUUCUAUACCAGAAAAUUACUUCAGGGAAAUUCCAAAACUUCAUGCUCUACGAAUGUCACACAACAAACUACAAGACAUCACGCAUAAUAUUUUUAAUGUUUCUGAUCUAAAAGAGCUCAAUGUUGGACACAACAGACUGAAGCAAGCAUUCUACAUUCCAAGAAAUUUGGAACAUCUAUAUCUAGAAAAUAAUGAAAUUGAAAACAUCAAUGUUUCUGUGAUGUGUCCAUCUAUUGACCCGCUCCAUCACCAUCACUUGACAUACAUCCGUGUGGAUCAAAAUAAGCUACAACAGCCAAUAAGCUCAUACAUUUUCUUCUGCUUUCCUCAUAUACACACUAUUUAUUAUGGUGAACAAAGAAGCACUAAUGGUCAGACGAUACAACUGAAAACCCAGGUUUUCAGGAGAUUUCAAGACGAAAGUGACAGUGAAGAUCAGGAUGAUCAUCAGGCAGGGACAGAACAAGAAGAAACUGAAGAAGAAAGCGUGGACCCUCAGUACUAUGGGAGUCAAGAAUGGCAAGGAAUGAUAUAAGUGUAUACUUCUAGCUUCACAAACACUAUUCAAUAUCAGUGUAACUAAGCAUGUAUACAUCACAGCGGUACGUCUAGAACUAUGUGUAUGAUGAAAGUAAAUGUGUCAGGAAAGUUUCUGCAUUUGAUAUAUAGGACUAGAAUCUACUCUGAAUGAAACAAACUUUUAGAAAUAUAAUUUAAGGGCUGGGGGAUGGGAGGCAGGUGGUGGCACAUCUGGUUGAGUGCACAGGUUACAAUGCAUAAGGGCCCAGGUUCAAGCCCCUGGCCACCACCACCUGUAGGGGGAAAGCUUCACAAGAGGUGAAGUUGUGCUGCAGGUGUCUCUCUGUCUUUCUCCCUCCUGGCUUGAUUUCUAUCUCUACCCAAAUAAAUAAAUAAAUAUUUUACCUUCCACCUUCUGCACCCCCCCAAAAUUUUUUAUCCAUACUCCCAGUGGGGGAGAAAUGAUAGGGGGAAGAUGACCAGAGGGUUCUGAACUCCAACUCCAUCAGGACUCAGAGAGAGGGGAGGAAAAAGGGAGGGACAUUUGGAUGUCGUGAUAGGUGUAUGUGUGACUUGGAAAGGAAGAGAAGAUGGGACUUUAAAAAAGGGGGGGGACAAAUCUAUACAAACAGACAGAUAGUUGUGGAGAUAAUAGUUACUCAUGUCUGCAACCUUGGGAGAAAUGCUGUCGCUUCCCAUGGAGGGGCUGGGGAUCCAGAACUCUGGUGGUGGGAAUGGUGUGGAGUUGUACCCCUGUUAUCUUAUAAUUUUGUAAGUCAAUAUUAAAUCACUAGUAAAAUAAAUAAAUAAAUAAAUGAGUAAAAUAAAAAUAAAUUAAGGGCUGGGGAAACAGUAUAAUGGUUAUGUAAAUUAUUCUUAUUCCUGAACUCAGCAGUCCCAGGUACAGUCCCCAGCACCACAAUAAGCCAGAGCUGAGUUGCAUUCUGGUCUCUGCAUAUCUUUCUCUCUGUAGCUCUAUCAUUAAAAAAUAAAUUAACUAUUGUAUUUAC